AUGUACUUCGGUUGUUGCCUCUCCCUCCUGGUGACAGUGCAGGAUGCUGAGCGUUAUACCACGUUAUUUGCCACUGUCAUCCUCAAGUGUGACUAUAGCACCUCAGCACAGCUGCAGGACGUGGUAGUGACCUGGCGUUUCAAAUCCUUCUGCAAGGACCCCAUCUUUGACUACUACUCAGUCUCAUACCAGGCUGGUUUAGCUCUUGGCCAGGACCCAUCUGACGACUGCAAUGACAGCCAGCGAAAGGUGCGCAUUGUCAUCCAGAAAUAUGGGCAGAAGGAGCCUGUGCUGGGUAUUGACUACCAGCAACGAAAGAUCACCAUUCAGAACCGGGCAGACCUUGUCAUCAGUGAAGUCAUGUGGUGGGACCAUGGCGUGUACUACUGCACUGUGGAAGCACCAGGAGAUACCUCAGGUGAUGCGGACAAAGAAGUUAAGCUGAUUGUUCUCCACUGGCUCACAGUACUUCUCAUCAUUCUCGGUGGCCUCCUCCUCCUUUUGCUGAUUGGAGUAUGCUGGUGCCAGUGCUGCCCCCAGUAUUGCUGCUGCCACAUUCCAUGUGUCUGCUGCCCAACCCGGUGCUGCUGUAACGAGGAAGUACUGGAACGGUAUCGGUUCAUGAAGCAGGCUCAGGCACUUGCACCUUGGAUGUCACCCAACAUGUUCUACGGAGGUGGUGACAGGAACUCACAACUUUCUUCUUACCAGCUGAACCCUCUACUGCAACAAGAUGUGUCUCUGCAGAACAGUCUUCCAGUGGUGCAGCCACAAGCUCAGCUUUCCCCUAACAAGGGUGUUUUGGACUAUCUGGAGUCUGAAAUCCAAAACCUUAACAUGUCACAGCUCCGGCCACCCUCCCAUCAGCAGCAGGCUGUGCAGCCCAGCUUGCUGUCCUCCCUGGGCUCUGAGAUCAUGCCACCUCUUCUUGCUGAUCACAUCUCCUCCAUCCAUGGGAACAGCAACUCCUCACGGCCACAGAGAGCUGCCCGCACCCCCAGACCCUGGGACUCUGCAGCAGAGGACAGGAGGGAAAACCGGAGGUGGCCCUUGCCUUCCAGUGGGGAUUCUCAUUCCAGCUACAGUCGGGAGCCCUGGGACAGGCAACGAGAGGACCAUCCUCAGAGGCAGAGGACAGGCGGCUACAAUAGCAGGCCCCAGCACUCCAGACGGGAUGUGUCACCCCCACGCCAGGCUGAGAGGGGCAAAAGCAGCAGCAGCAGCUGCAGUUUCUAUCCGGAGGAGGCCAAGGAGCACUCGAGCCACCAUCGUGGCUGGAGACAGGAGCCUGCAGGGAAGCGAGACUAUCAGCACCAAGCCAGGAGGAGCAAUAACUCAGGUCAGCGGCGGCACAGCUACUCUCCCCCUUCUCGCCGGGCGUCUUGGAGCUCCUCAGAAGAGCAAGUCCGUCUCCCAGCAACAAACCGCAGGCGGCAGCACCGGUCUCGGGAAUGGCCAGAAGAUAAACCCCCCAGUUAUUGCUCAUUAGAAGUCAUCCCAGGUCGGGACAAGAAGCACAAAGGCAGUGCAGGGCCACGCUCGGACAGAGGAAGUUCCCACAGUGGAAGAAGCAUAGUCAUUUAAUGCCAGUACUGAAAGAACGAAGAUUCCCACUG